UGCAUAUGGAAUUAAAGUUUUAUUUCCUAAUGGAUCAACAAAGAGCUGCCUUGUCCCAAUGGCGAGUCUUCUGAACCAUUCGGUAUGCCCUCACAUCACCAACUUCAGCAAACUUGAUCCUGUUAGCAAGACUUUGAGGCUGCGUGCUUUGCGGAGUUGUGAUAGGGGAAAAGAAUGCUAUUUGAGCUAUGGAGCACUGCCAAACUCACACCUGCUGAUGUUCUAUGGAUUUAUUCCUCGAGAGCCGAAUCCAUAUGACACGAUUCAAAUUGAUCUAGAACUGCCGGAAGACGAUGACUUUGCAGAUGCACGUAGGCAGCUGUUCGAGAAGUAUGAAUUGACAUUCUCACAUGCACUAAGAGCCAGCCCAAGAAUCCCAUCCAAGCUGUUGGCAGCACUCCGUGUCAUGAGCAUGGAUGAGGAGGACUUUGCAAAUUUUUCACAGGACGGAUCUAAUGUCAUGGAGCCAUUAUCCUCACAUAAUGAGAAAGCGGCUAUCGAUUGCUUGCUGUCAAUGAUUGGUGUUUUUCUGAACCCGUUGGAGUACGAAGCAGGAGAAGCCAUCGAAGAAAUCCCCACUGGGUACAUCGAAGACGAAGUUGGAGCUAUGGCACCACAGGCCAUCGGAAUCGUUGUCGAAGUCAUGGUACUCACCGAGAAGGCGAGUUUGAAGACGACGAAAUGGUCGGUGAGUGUGAUUGACUCCGAAAUGGUCGGUGAGUCGCGAGUCAUGGUACUCAUCGAGAAAGCGAGUCUGAAGACGACGGUCUCGUGGGACACACAAUAAGUCCUUGCCUCGCGAGUGGAGGAGCAAGUACCCGUCGAUGAUGCGGUAGUGGCUGGCCGGCGGGUGAUCCGAAGAUAGCUGCGCAUACAACGU